AUGUCGACGGCGACCCAGAAUCGGAAAACAUCAGGAACCACGUCGUCUCUGGCAAAACGACAGGCGUCGGAGAAUUUCAUUGGGAAAUCGACGGCGUUACCCCCUCACAUGGCAAAGAAACGCCCUGCUCUUGCUAACGUUACGAAUCAGAGACCUGCAUCUCAUAACGUCCCUCGAAAUCCCUCAAAUUUGAUUGGUGAACCAAAGAAGGGAUCUUCAGUUCUCAAUAACAAUAUAAAGCCCACUUCUUUGAUUAAGAGUUCAUCGGUAGCAAGAAAAGAUGCAAAUGUUUCUAGGAUCAUUGUUCCUCCUGUUGAAUGUAAAAUGGAUGUGUCUCCAUCAAAAUCAGACGGUUUGUCGGUCUCCAUGGAUGAAACGAUGUCCACAUGUGAUUCUUUAAAUAGCCCAGAUGUUGAAUACAUAGAUAACAACGAUAUAGCAGCAAUCGAUUCUAUCGAGAGAAGAACUUGUAGCAAACUGAACAUUUCAGAUCAUGUGGAAGCAACAACAGGAAAUAUAUGCAAAAGAGAGAUACUUAUGGAAAUGGGGUCAAAAGACAAGAUUGUUGAUCUUGAUGUUGAUUUCAUGGAUCCACAGAUGUGUGCAACUAUGGCUUGUGACAUUUAUCAGCACCUUAGAGCAUCAGAGGCUAAGAAAAGACCUUCAAUUGAUUUCAUGGAGAAGGUCCAGAAAGACAUUAAUGCCGAAAUGCGUGCAAUCCUUAUAGACUGGCUUGUGGAGGUUGCUGAAGAGUAUAGGCUCGUACCCGAUACAUUGUAUCUGACUAUUAACUACAUCGACCGUUAUCUUUCGGGUAAUUUGAUGGACCGCCAACGCCUACAAUUGCUCGGUGUUGCAUGCAUGAUGAUUGCUGCCAAGUAUGAGGAGAUCUGUGCACCACAGGUGGAAGAAUUCUGCUAUAUAACCGAUAAUACAUACGUGAAAGACGAGGUAUUACAGAUGGAAUCAGCAGUUCUAAAUUUCUUAAAGUUUGAAAUGACAGCCCCGACAGCUAGAUGUUUCUUGAGACGAUUUGUUCGUGCUGCACAAGGAGUAAAUGAGGGUCCUUCAAUGCAAUUAGAGUGUUUGGCCAGCUACAUAUCGGAGUUAUCUCUUCUCGAGUACAGUAUGAUGUGUUACGCCCCUUCUCUUGUUGCGGCAUCGGCUAUUUUUCUAGCACGAUUCGUGCUUUUUCCAUCAAAGAAACCUUGGAAUUCAACAUUGAGUCAUUAUACGCGGUAUCAACCAUCGGAUUUACAUGAAUGUGUCAAGGCUCUGCAUACCCUUGUUUGCGAAUGCCCAAAUUCUCGUUUGCCAGCAAUACGGGAAAAGUACAGUCAACAUAAGUAUAAAUUUGUAGCGAAGAAAUAUUGUCAACCAUCGAUACCAAUGGAGUAUUUUCAGGACGUUUAGGUGAUAGUUGCGGUGGAAUGGUUAAUGAUCAGUGUUUUGGUGAUGAUCGAUCGAUCGAUCAUCUUUGAAUCUUGAAAUCGAAUUAUUGUUCUACUACUGUGUCUAAUGCCAGCAAUGAAUAGAUUCAUGUUUUCUUGAUCCAUGAUCGGUGCCGGUUUAUAUGACGCGGAACGAAAGUGAUAAUAGAACACAAAUUUGAGAAGAAGAAAAGCUUCGGUAUUUAUUUGAUGAAUCGUCAAAAAGGGUCUUUUUAUAGGUGA